GUAGAGUCGAUGAGGGGUAAGCGGGAGCAAUCGUCCACGACUGCCGACCUUGAUGGCGAGCAAAGGCUUCCUUCGUGCGUCACACAAGCGAGGUGGGCGAUGCCUCACUUUGCUCACUCGCCACCCACUUACGCACAACGCCUCUCAGGUCAAGGCAAGCGCCACCGUCAGCAAAAGCCUCAAUCUAGAAGAGGCGCAACUGCUGAGAAGCCUUCCUGGCUUCAUAUCAUCAUCAUCAUCGCCACCGAUCGGGGCAAGACGAGUGGCGAAUACAAAUCCCAAGUGGUCAGCACAAACAUUUGUGACACCGUCCGUGAAUUUUUGGCCCUGCCACCCUGCUCAGUGGCGUCUCGUCCUCUUCGAAGCAACGAAUACGUGCUCAGGUCAGCUGUACGAGUCCGUCUACCGAGAAGAUCAACACUAUAGUAUGGUAGCGAAAGCUUUGCCACCGAACAUCAGCAUUUCUCUGGCGUUCACAAAACGGAGAUUGACCCGAUGCAAGGGUGCCCAUGCAGACACGGUCAGCGCGCUGCUGUUGCGAGUCUGACCCGGGAAAAAUGGGCGCAGAUACACCUCGCCCAAGAAGC